AUCUACAUGGGCGUAGCGGCCGACUGCACAUAUGUUCAACAGUAUGGCUCGGCGCAAAAUGCGACUCAGCAAAUAUUGCACGACUGGAACACUGCUAGCGCCCUCUACAAGAAUACGUUUAACAUCAGCCUCGGUAUCGUAGAGCUUCAAAUACAAAAUGAAACGUGUCCUACCACUGCGGACCCGAAGAUUCCUUGGAACGUCGAUUGCAGCAACGUCGAACUCGACCAGCGGCUCUCGCUGUUCUCACAAUGGCGAGGGCAGAAGGGCAACGAUAGCGCGGGCCUGUGGCAUCUUAUGAGCGGCUGCCCGACCGGUUCCGAGGUCGGCAUCGCCUGGCUUGCGACUCUCUGCCAGCAGACCGCGAGUGGGAGUGGCUCCUCGAUAGUGUCCGGAACGGCUGUGUCCACCGCCGGGCGUGUGGAAUGGCAGGUCGUCGCCCACGAGAUCGGGCAUAACUUCGGUGCAAUCCAUGAUUGCGCGAGCGGUUGUAACAGCACCAGCCCGUGCUGUCCGAUGUCGGCAAGCUCGUGCAACGCCAACGCCCAGUUCAUCAUGAGUCCCGUAGCCACGGAUGGGGAAAUGCAGUUCUCCCCAUGCACUAUCGGCAAUAUCUGCUCGCUGCUCUCAGGCACCAGUUCCGCAGGGAAGGUCACGACGAGCUGCCUCGUCGACCCUGACGCAUCUCGGCGGACGAUCUCGCUCCAGAUGUGCGGGAACGGCAUCGUCGAGGACGGCGAGGACUGCGAUCCCGGGCCGGGUCGCAACUCAACGUGCUGCAAUUCGGCGACGUGCAAGUUCACGUCGGGUUCAGUGUGCGACCCCGACAGCAGCGCGUGCUGCCUGAGCUCGUGCCAGUUCGCGCCAUCGACGCAGGUGUGUCGUCCCGCGAAGGAUGCGAGCUGCGACACUGCGGAGAUGUGCACCGGCUCAUCGUCGAGCUGUCCCGCGGAUAUUUUCGCACCAAACGGGAAGAGCUGUGGGUCUGAUGGCUUGGCAUGCGCGAGUGGGCAAUGUACGUCUUUGAGUCAGCAAUGUCAGCAGGUGGGGUCUUCCAUGGGCUUAUCGCAAGCGUGUCCCAGCCAGAACGAUAAAUCCUGCUCGGUAUCGUGCCAAGAUCCUCAAUCGACGAACCAAUGCAUCGUCUUGGGCUCGUCCCUCAUCGACGGGUCUCCUUGCGGAUACGGAGGCAAUUGCCAGAAUGGAACAUGUGAAGCAGGCAGCCUGCUCGAUACGGCAAAGGCAUGGUACGUUUCGAAUCUGCAGAUCUCCAUCCCGGUGACUGUCAUCGUCGGCAUCAUCUUGAUACUCCUCGUCUGGGGCCUGGGAAUGUGCAUAAAACGGAACUGCACGAGCAGAGCCAACAAGCCGCCCUCUUCCGUUCCGGCCAUCGCAGGAUACCGCGGGCAGCGGAUUCCCAGCCUUCAGGGAACCGCGCCCACGUCUGUGGCACGGGCUCCACAACCUGCGGCUGCUGUCCCGCGUGCGCUCCGUUCUGGAGCGCCCGCACAGAACAGUUCACACGAUAGGAAUGGAUCUGGGUCAAGUGCGCGCAGCGGGGGUCGAAACGCCCGCGACCAUUGGGUGGACGAGUCGCAGUGGAACGGUCCUAGGAGAUAGAACGUGUUGAGUUUGUUUCGCGCUUUUUUUUCGUUCACUAUUGCUAUUCACUUUGCUAUGAGACUCCGGCGAUCACGUUAGCGCUGAGUGAUCGGUGGAAGUAUUUGCUUGGGAUUUGUGGAGGUCAUUCGAUAUCAUGUGUACGAUGUUACCCGUAGAGAUAUCUAUUGCUUUGAUUGGCCUUCUU